AUGGUUGUCGUCAGGUUCGAUCUCCCUCCCCCCGGGGUCUCGGCUCGGUCUGAAGGUAGCUGCUUGCCGAGCCCGUCAGUGUCCCACCGGUCUCCCCACCGUCCUUCAGCCCGACUCGGGUCGCACUCGCUCCCCCCCAGCUCCCCCUCUCCCUCUCCCCCAACCCCACCGCUUCCCCAUCGACCAGUCCUCGUACCCAAUCUCGACCGAGCAGAGACUGAGCAGUCAACAGCAGCCAUGAUCCAGUCCAACCUGGAUCCAUUCUUCCUCCAACAGGACUCGGCGGUCAACAGCACCACCACCACUACCAGCAACCACCACCACCACCAUCACCCCAAUCAAGAACAACAACAACAGCAGCAACAGCAACACCCUCAUCAACAUCAACAACAUGCUCUGGCAGUGCAUCCUGAACUCCCUCAGCUCAACGAGUUGAUGGAUGAUGCCAAUCGAUCGAUUGUCGUUGAUCCAGUCGAACCCGCUCCAUCCGGAUUCAGUCCCGCUCAGGAGUCUCUCUUUAACGAACAUGCCAGCCACUACCAACUCAAUGGCCCUUCCUGGCAGCAAGCACGGAGAGUCUGUCAGACCACUGGGGACGACAAUCGGUUCUACGCCCUGGUCUGCUACCUGACCUGGUUACACCAAAACCCAACCAACCCUCCCCCUCAAUCUGCUCCCCAGUUUCAAAUCCCGCCUUCUCUCUCAGCCGCUUCGGGUUGGGUACCCACUCCAAGGCUUCGAGAACACACUCGAUUUACUGCCCAAUUGAUCAUCAUUAGACCCGAUCUAGAGGCCUAUACAGCCACCAAAGAUUCGGAAGAUAGGGUCCUUCAAAAAUCAUUCCAGAACUUGGUCAUCAAACACUUCACCGACCAAUCUGAUGCCUUCAGAAUGGCUAACUUACCGCCUGGAUUUCCUUCUACUACUUCGCCUGAACCGGCCAAUAAGUUAUUCAACUUUAUUCGCGAAAUUAUUAAACAUAAUCGUGAUAGUUUCAGGAAACAAUUGUUGAAAAACAUUUUGCCAGAAGAUGGGGAUUAUUCGAAGAAGCCAAUCCCAACUCUUGAUGAAUUGAUAGUCCAAUUGUUGACAGCCGCAUCUUCACCUGGACAUCUUCCAGUGCCGAGUGAGAUCUUAAGCAAAGUAGAUGAAUCACAACGGAUGAGGUUUGCAUAUCUGCGUCUCGAGGCCAUCCGAUUCUAUGCCGGUCCGUCUCCGAAGAAUAAGCGUAUCUCGCAAUGGUCGAUCAUUGAUGGACAAUUAGAACACCUGAGGCGUCAAGAACCGAUAUACCAACAAGCCUUUUUCGGCCUCAUGAUUCAAAAAGAUAAUGAGUUAUUUGGGACCGGUCAAGCUUAUUUUAGGGACUUGGAAACUACAGUUAAUUGGGACAUGCCCUCUGAGACAUGCAUCCGUGUACGCGCUCAAGAUCUUCAGCAAUCCUUCUAACUACAAGACCUUCUCAACGAAAAAUGAAAAAUGGGAGCUUUAUAUAUAUAUAUACAUCUUCAAUCACAUGUAUGUAUAUAUAUGUUCUAUAUUUAUGUAUAUCUGGAUCUCAAACCAACAGAAAAAGAAAACACAAGUCCAACCAAUAUCAUGUUCUAGUAGUACAACAUCAAAACAUCAAUUAACCAAACAAACCAAAAAAAAAAAAAACAUAAUCUAUGUUCACUGCAGGACCAUCCCAAUGGAGCUUUGCCUUUUCUCUCUCUCUCCCUUGUUUUUUACUUCUUUUUUGGUUUGCCUAUUUUUUGUAUGAUUUGAAUGUAUUAACCCCCAUCAUUUUCCUUUUUCUUCCUACUUCCCCAAUGUUUGGGUUUGACAUAAAUCAUCCUUUUUUUCUUUCUUUCUUCUCUCAAUUUUGAGCAAUUUACCUUUAAACUAC